AUGGGAGGACCGAAAUGCCAGGAAGUUUUACGAAAUGCUCUUGCUAAGGGUGCAGAUAAAGCUAUUCACAUUGAGACUACGGAUGCUGAAGUUCCCAUGUUAGAGCCACUUCAUGUCGCCAAAGCUCUCCAAAAAAUUGUUGAAAAAGAGAAAUUUGAUGUAGUUUUUCUUGGAAAGCAGGCGAUAGAUGACGAUGCUGGCCAAACACCACAGCUUCUUGCUGGGUUAUUAGAAUGGCCGCAAGCUUUGUACGCCAGCAAGGUCGAGAAAGCAGAUGAUACCCACUUGCAAGUAUCAAGAGAAAUUGAUGGAGGUAUGGAUGUUGUGAAGGUCGAGAAAGCAGAUGAUACCCACUUGCAAGUAUCAAGAGAGAUUGAUGGAGGUAUGGAUGUUGUGAAGGUAAGAAUCAUCUUCCCAUACAUGAUUUCUUUGAAUGGUUUUUCCCUUCUAAAAGGCAUUUUUGCCUAUUAGUG